AUCUUCCCUCACUCGACCUGUCAUCUUUACAGGCUUAAGACUCUCUCUUUGCAACUGAGUUCUCCUUCGUUUCCUGGUUCCCUAUUUUUUUCGUAGGGAAUUGGGUUUUAUGGGCUUUGAACCAGAAUUAAAUUUCAAGGGAAAUGGAGUCAAUCAAAUAAAUAAACCUUAAUGAUUAACCAGUUUUGUAUUUGAUAAUCACUAACUAAAUCUGCAAAGAUUAAAGAGGAGAGACGAGAAAAUAGUAAACAAUCAAUGAACAAGUUUCGCUUUUCGUUUCAUCUUUCCUGAUUCAAGUGAUGUGUCGAUUUUUCAUGCAUAUAUUGUGAUAUUGAACCAGAAGAUUUGGCUUCAAGAUUUGGUGUCAAACAAAUUUAGUUUGAAGGUUUGGUCAAACAAAUCGGGGUAGGAUUAAAAAAUUUGAUUCGAGCCAAGUUAACCAGAAAAAUACCAAAAGUGAAGAAAUUAAUUAGCAACCCGAAACCAGUCCAGACGGUGGCCUCAAAACCGUUAGCCUAUUCACAAGCUGGUAGAAUGGGUAACAAAUUGAGUUGCUCUUGUGCUCCAAUGAUCAAGAAAGCCCAACAACAGGAAGAACAGCCCUACCAACAGCAACGUCGUCGUGAUGGCCAUUUACUUCGACUUUGGGCUGAAGUGUUUCACGUUUCAGCAGCUUCCGGAGCCAUUCGCUGGCAACAGGUAACUUCCGAUCUAGUUCCAGUCAACAUAACCUGUAUUCAAGAUUCGCCUGAGUGUAUUUUUCAAAUUACCGCCUACAAUUCACAAGUUGAAAAAAUAUUGGAUGUCAGGUUAGUUCAACCAGGAACACGGUUAGGCCAAGCAUCUGAAUGUUUUGUUUACUGGAAAGACGUUGGUACCGGUGAUACUUGGGGAUUAAAUUUUACUUCACCCGAUGAUGCCAAGCAGUUUCGUCUAUUGUGUUCACCGUCUUUCAAGAUAUCACGUAAAGCAUCUUCAUCUUACUCUUUACGACUCAAUGAGCCACCAUCUAAAAGAUCAGGUGGAACCGGUGGAUCGGGUACUGUAGCUGAUAGAUCAUUGGGAGUAAACAAACGCAAGCCCCAAUCAACUCCAUCUUCACCCUCGCGUCGUGGUUACAAUACUUCGGAAUUACAAUGUACCUGUAUGGCUGCUGAUACACUUCAUAAACAGCGAAAUGGACGUGUUAGAUACACUGGAUCAUCGACUAUGCCUAAAUCAGCUUUUCGUCAUGAUACACCUGGAAUGACUGGUUAUCCUACAACAACUUCAGCUCAUGCACCAGCCACAGCAACUGGACAAACAGUUAGUAGACAAGUGGCUGGCAGUGGAGCUGGGACAGGUCGACCCUCGGGUCAACCUUCAAUGUCUCAUCAUCAUCAGGGCCAAGGUGUGGGCCCAUCAUCAACAACUCUUGCCUCUGGACGUGGUCAUCAUCUUGCUCAAACUAAUGAUGGAAGAUCAAUUUCACUUCAUCAACAACAUCAACAACAUCCCCAACAACAACAGCACCCUUCCUCAUCUCAACUCGCUCAGCAUUCUCAUCAUCACCCACAACAACAACAACAACAUCAACAGCAACAACAAGCUUCCCAUAUUUCCUCAUCAUCUGCCUCUGCCAAUACUCGAAAUGCUCAAUAUUCACGUGCUCAAUAUGCAUCAUCAGUGAGAAAAGAACAAACUCGUUCAAUGGAUUCUACUCUUUACCAAUAUCAUGAUAGAUCAGGCCAUACUGGUGUAGAAAACAUGAUGAACAUGGGAAAUCUAAAAUCUGGACCAUCUUCGGGUCAUCAUCAUCCAAUGGAUUCCCAUGGUUUCAGGCCAAAUGAAAAUGGACAAAUGACGGGUAAACGAAUGAUGAUUAACAACAACAUCAACUCCAACAAUAGCAACAUACAUUCAACCAACAAUACCAAUUACUCGCAACAAUCAGCUGACAUUAAAUCUCGUAGUAAAAGCUCAGAUGAUGUUCGUCGAACCGUUGCCACCGGAACCGAUGACCUUCUUCUAGAUGCUAACACACUAAAGCGAAUGUUGCACCCACUCCCAGGUAAUCACGAGUCAAAUGGAGCUAAAAUGUUGUCAACCGGAGUCAACACAAUAACAACAUCAACCUCAACCUCAGCAGGUGGUCGACGAGAAAUUAACUUAUUUCAACGAACAUUAACACGUCCAACCUCAGUUCCCGCUUGGAAUUAUUCCGAUGAUGGGAUCACUCUAAUGGGAGGAGGAGCUCAUAACACAAUGAGGCUCUCUCGUAGAGAGGAAGCACUUGAACGAUCACGGGCUUAUCGCUCUGAAGUGAGUCGUCGUCGAUCUUUGGAGCGAUCUCAAUGUGUAGAUUAUACUGAUCAGUCUCCACCUUCAGAUCACUAUUUAUCUGAUAAUGCAGUUCGUUGUUAUGCAACCACACCAACACCAUCAUCUUCAGGCGAUGAAGGGUCAGCUUCUGUUCGUAAGCUUUUAGCCAAAGUGGAUGCCGUAACCCGUGAAGCUUCAACCGGACCUGGUGGUGAACUCAUGGUUGGUGGUAAGCGACCCUCAUCACCAACCAUCAAGCUUCUUCAAGAGUACGAGACUCACCUCAGAAAUGCUCUAGCCAAAGGAUGUGAUGCAGACACUUAUUCAUUGAAUACUUUUGAAACCAUUUUAUCGCAAUCAAUGGAAAAUGUAGUCAGUUUAAUGAGGGAAGUUCAAAAUGAAUUGGAUGCCAUUAGACGAGAAGAGCAACAAUAUCGAUCAACAGAAGAUCCAAGUGCAUUCAUUGCACCCCAUUCAACACCCACCUCCUCAGGUCCCCACCAUACACCUCUAUUUGGAGGUUCCUAUCAUUCACUGCACCAUUUACAUCACAACCAACAUCCUUUACAUCAUCAUUCAUCUUCCUCUAUCCACCAGCUCACCUCAAACCAGCCAACUCAAUUCCCAUCAAGAUCAUCUUCACUCGUCAACAAACCUUAUUGGACUCGCAGUUACACCUUACCUUCACGAGGAACUUCCCUUCCACCUCCAAGUCUUCAGGGAAGCUCAGCUUCAGAUUUAUGCUCAGUGUUAAAGAAAAAUUCAGUUCCACAUUUGCUGGAUACUCUGUCGUCUGAUGCAAUCGGAAGACCUGGAGGUUUAUUUCCAGGCUCUAUGGUGGCUCAGGCCUCUUUUGAGAGCACUGACUCUAAAGCUUACUUAACAUCAUCUGAGAUGUCUGAUGAUGAGAGACUUUCUCUAACCACAGCAAUCUCGGACGAUGACGAUGGUGAGCUACGUAACUCUCCUUAUCGAGCUAAAAGUGGAGCUGCAGCAGCAGCAUUCCAAUGUACAGGAGCUGUUCGUAAAGCUGGUUUCUUAUCGGUUAAGAAAUGGCUUCUACGUAAACGCCAUCAAGUUGAACUGGCUCGUAAAAGAGGUUGGAAAGGAUAUUGGGUUUGCUUGAAGGGUACAACAAUUUUGUUUUAUCCUUGUGACUCUCGUGAUGGUCGAGCCAUUGAAUCGAAACCACGACAUUUGAUAAUAAUUGAUGGUGCCAUCAUGCAACCCAUUCCCGAACAUCCGAAACGUGAUUUUGUUUUUUGCCUGUCAACAGCAUUUGGCGAUGCUUACCUAUUUCAAGCACCAUGCCAAAUGGAAUUAGAUAAUUGGAUUGGAGCUAUUCACAAUGCCUGCGGGUCCGCAUUUGCACGACAUCGUGGUAAAACAGGAACACUUCAUUUACUUCAAGAAGAAACACAUCGAAUUGAACGUGCUAUUGAAUCUGAGGGUAAACUUAAACACAUGGCCGAGUUACAAUUAACUGUUGUUGCUGAUCCAGAUUCACGAAAACAGUUGACUGAUUCCAUAAGAUCAUAUGAUGAAACUCUUGAAUUAUACCAUUGUGAACAAUUUCGUCUUCGCUGUUAUAUGUCCUCAAUUCAGGGAUCUGAAUUACCAAAUCCUAAAACUUUGCUUGCUCAUGUUUCCAAACCAACUAAAUCAACACUCAAUCGGUUAGGUGUUUUCACUGUUUCUUCUUUCCAUGCGUACCUUUGUGCCCGAUCACCAUCAACCUUGAAAAAUAUAAUCUCCGUCAGAGGAUCAACACGUCGCCGUGGACCCUCAACUAUGGCUUCAACCUCUGGUACAAAUAUGUCAGCCUCAACUCGAUCACUUUCUCGUCACUCUUCUGGUUCAAAGAUAGCCUCCACAAGUGCUGGACUUUCCCGGUCAGCUGAACUUCCAUCAGAUAAAUUAGUUCAAAUGAUUUUACCUCCAGAUGAUUCUAUCCACACUAUUCACGUUCGCGGAACUGAGACAGUUGAAGAUUUACUUUGGCUUGUAUUUACUGAAAAACAAAUGUCACCAAAUGACUAUUUCAUCAAAUGUAAACGUCUCAAUGGUGACUAUUAUAUUCCCUUACGUCACGAAGUUGUUGAUCAUUUACCUCCUUUCGAAGUGAUGGAAGUUGCAGCAAAAGUUUUGUAUCAAGUUGAGCUUUCUCGACAUUCCUUAGAUCAACUCUUUGGUUUCUCGGUUGAAGCUGAACUGGUCGAGAGUACUGUUGAAUCUCAUAAUCAAGAUGAAUUGUGUGUCUUUGUUUCAAGAGUAGAAGAGAAUAGUUUAGCAGGUAAUCAAGGCCUUAAAAAAGGAGAUGAAAUAAUGGUCAUCAAUGGUGCUAUUGUUUCAGAUCUUGAUAUGAUGUACAUUGAAUCAGUUCUCCAAGAAGAAUUAUCACUUUGCAUGAUGUUACGUUCAUGUCGCACUGAUCCUCCCGAUCCUGGAUCUGCAAUUAGGUCCACGGAUGAUUUUAUAGAAUCAUUAGUUUGUCCUCCGCCACCCUCUGACGGUCAUAUUAGUGAUGAGAUGAUUGGUAAAUUAAUAGUACCUUCACCACUUUGGGUUCAAGAGAGAAGUCGAAGUGGAUCAAUACCCUCUUCCAGUUUACAAGGAGCGUGCCAAUUUUCAGGAACAUCAGCAACUGGAGUAACAAUGGCUGGUGGAAGUGGUACAGGAGGUGGGCCAACUUCAUUAACCACUUUGACAACCAUAGCACCUCCAUUGAACACUUGCCUUCCUCUCCAGGUAACUGGAGAACAGAUUGCUGAGACUUUGCUCAAAAGUGCUGAACAUGUUACCUCUGAAUUAUGUCGUGCCACUGGUGGUGCUGUCGGAGGAGUAAAUCAUUCACUUGGUGGUGCUACUGGAGGUAUCACCAGUGGAUCCAAGGGUUCAGCCAAUAUUGACACCAAUACAGGAGGACCUGUAGCUGUUUAUCCACCGCAAUAUGUAACAUCAAAUAAACCAGUAACCCAACAUAUACAUACCAGUCAAUUACAAUAUCAUAAACCAAUGGCAAGCAAUUCCAUCAGCCUCUCUUCGAGUGGACAAGGCUCUCAACAGCGAAGUAUCGAUGAAUCAGAUAACCAAGGUUAUGUAAAGCGACCACCUCUUUCAGAUGCUGAAAAAUUAAGGAAAGUUAUAAAAGAAUUGGUUGAUACAGAGAAAACAUAUGUUGAGCAUUUGAAUAACCUUUUGGAUACUUACUUGGAGCCUAUGAAGCAACGAAGUCUUGUUUCAAUCCAAGAUAUAGCAUUAUUAUUUGGUAACAUUCAAGAGAUUGUGACAUUUCAACGAGCUUUUCUCGAAUCUUUAGAGGAAUCAAUCAAGAUGGAAGAGUCAUUUGAUUCAUAUAAUCAACCUUCACAGUUUAGGAACAUUCUUUUCGCAAUUGGUAAUUCAUUCCUACUUUACGCUGAUAAAUUUAAAUUAUACUCAUCAUUUUGUGCAUCACAUUCAAAAGCCUCAAAAAUACUUCAUCCCUCAACUGAAGCUCAAAAUCCAGCAUUAAUUGAAUUUCUUCAUACAACAUCCAGAGGACAACACGCCAAUUCCCUUGAAUCAUAUUUAAUAAAGCCAAUCCAGAGAAUAUUAAAAUAUCCAUUGUUAUUGUCACAAUUGAAAUCAUUAACCGAUGUAAACUCCGAUGAACAUAAACACUUAUCACAAGCAUUGAAAGGAAUGGAGCGAGUAGCUGAACACAUAAAUGAAAUGCAAAGGAUCCACGAAGAGUAUGGAGCCAUCUUUGACCAUCUACAAAGGCAGCAUCUAAAGUCAUUGAAGAUUGCCAUUGAACUGAGUCCAUCUGAAUUAUUGUACUAUGGUGGUGUUGAAUGGGCCAAUAUAAGUGAAUUUUUGGGUAAAAUCAAGAAAGGCUUGGAUCUUCAUUCAAUGUGUUUCGUCUUUAAAAGUGCAGUUGUAUUCCUGUGUAAAGAGCGAAUCCGACAGAAGAAGAAACUUGUCUCUGUUUCAUCUAAAAUAUCUGAAGUAGAAAUUAUUCGUUAUCAAGUAUUGAUUCCAGUCACUGAAGUGCAAGUUCGAGCAACAUCGACAAAAGAUGAAAAAGGUGCUACUAAAGAUGCCAAUAAUAAUGCCACCAACAGUAAUAAUAAUCAAUUAGCUAAUAAUGAGCAAGGAGCUUCACAGUAUCUUUGGGAACUAAUUCAUCUUCGUUGUAGUCAAAUUGGUGUGUCCACUCAAAGAAGAACCGAAAAGGUUUACCAUUUAUCCAAUAGUACAAGUGAAUUCCGUAAUGCAUUCCUACGAACAAUUAGACAAAUCAUCAGGGAAAGUGUAAAAAAAAUGGUUGUGCCUGUAACUAGACCUAUUAGCAAUUCAAAAUCAUCUCGUCAAGGAUCAGCUGAGAGUCCUGUUAAUGAUAAUGAAAAUAGCAACAUAAACUAUAUCAAUAAUGGUAACAGUAAAAUACCUGAUCACAAGCAAUCAAAUUCAGAAUCUCAAGGUACCAAUAAGCAAGUUCCUUCUUCGUCAACUAGUGAUACUCAUCACCAUUCUAGCCUGUCCCGGUCAUCAUCAACAACCGCCACACCAGCAACUGGAUCAACUAAUAGUAACAUGAAUAGUAAACCAGCAAUCAAGCAGAAACCCGCUCCCCCACCAAGAGCACCAACAACCGCCAAGUCAACCAGUAGUGGACUGACCACAGCUCAACAACAGGCAGCAAUGAAGGAAAAGAUGGAAAGGGAUCAUCACCACCAUCAUUCAUCAUCUUCAUCAUCAGCAACUGGUAACAAGCAACCCAUUAGCUGUGGCCUGUGUGAACACGGUACAAGUGCAGAUAAAUCAGACCCAUCCUCUUCAUCUGGCCGUGGAUCCAAGGUUUAUCAUGAAGAAAAGGAUUCCAAAAAGACUGGAGAAAAAUCAAACCAACGUAAAUCAAGCAAACAAUAAUUCAACCUCAGCCAAUAAACCAGGAACAAAAAGACUUCAAAGGACAAUUAUAAUCACAGCCAUAAAACACUUUACACGCAAAUAAUCACAUUUGAUCAUCACAGAAUCACUAAAUAAUGUUUAAACACAAACUUUAUAAGCUCUGCUAAAUGCGAGCAAAAAAUGUGCCAAGUUAAUCAGGAAUGAAAAAAACAAAACAAAA